ACUUUCUGCUCCAGCUCCCGCCGCCACCGCCGCCUUUACAGCCACCUCCGCCUCCUCAUCGUUGUCCUCCUCCUCUGCCUGGAAGCCCUGUUCUCAGCAGCGGAGGAGAGAAGUGCUAUGUCAGGAAAGUUCCUGGAGGAACUGGAUGAGGCCAUGCUCCCCGGGCUCUUCCUGAGGCUCCCGCGCGCUGCCCUUUGUAUGAGGCAGAAGAACUCCUGUGGAAGAUGGAACCCUUUGUCCAUUUUCCAGAAUGUGUUUCCAAGCCCAUCAGUGGAACCUGAUACUGCUGUUCUGUGUUGAAAUGCUUGAAGAACACACACAUCUUUGCCUGCACCCUCUGUCUUCCUGAAACCAUGGUCUUCUCAGCAGUGUUGACUGCGUCCCAUACUGGGAUAUCCAACACAACAUUUGUGGUCUAUGAAAACUCCCACAUGAAUAUCACGGCCCCUCCACUGUUCCAGCCUCCCACCGUUGGUCCACUGCUUAGAUACAGUUUUGAAACCAUGGCUCCCACUGGUUUCAGUUCCUUGACAGUGAAUAGCACAGGUGUGCCCGCAACACCAGCUGUUUUCAAGAGUCUGAGCUUGCCUCUUCAGAUCAUCCUUUCUGCUAUCAUGAUAUUUAUUCUGUCUGUGUCUUUUCUCGGGAACUUGGUUGUUUGCCUCAUGGUUUACCAAAAAGCUGCCAUGCGAUCUGCAAUUAAUAUCCUCCUUGCCAGCCUGGCUUUUGCAGACAUGUUGCUUGCAGUACUGAACAUGCCCUUUGCUCUGGUAACUAUUCUUACUACCAGAUGGAUUUUUGGGAAAUUCUUCUGUAGAGUUUCAGCUAUGUUUUUCUGGUUGUUUGUGAUAGAGGGAGUUGCCAUCCUACUCAUAAUUAGCAUUGAUAGAUUCCUUAUUAUAGUCCAGAGGCAGGAUAAGCUAAAUCCAUAUAGGGCUAAGGUUCUGAUUGCAGUUUCUUGGGUAACUUCUUUUUGUGUAGCUUUUCCUUUGGCUGUAGGAAACCCUGACCUGCAGAUACCUUCCCGAGCCCCCCAGUGUGUAUUUGGGUACACAACCAAUCCUGGUUACCAGGCCUAUGUGAUUUUGAUUUCUCUCAUUUCUUUCUUCAUACCUUUCCUGGUGAUACUGUAUUCAUUUAUGGGCAUACUCAACACCCUCCGGCACAAUGCCUUGAGGAUCCAUAGCUACCCAGAAGGUAUAUGCCUAAGCCAGGCCAGCAAACUGGGUCUCAUGAGUCUACAGAGACCCUUCCAGAUGAGCAUAGACAUGGGCUUUAAAACACGUGCCUUCACCACCAUUUUGAUUCUUUUUGCUGUUUUCAUUGUCUGCUGGGCUCCAUUCACCACUUACAGCCUUGUGGCAACAUUCAGUAAGCACUUUUACUAUAAGCACAACUUUUUUGAGAUAAGCACCUGGCUACUCUGGCUCUCCUACCUCAAGUCUGCAUUGAACCCACUGAUCUACUACUGGAGGAUUAAGAAAUUCCAUGACGCCUGCCUGGACAUGAUGCCGAAGUCCUUCAAGUUUCUGCCACAGCUCCCUGGUCACACAAGGCGAAGGAUACGUCCCAGUGCUGUCUAUGUGUGUGGGGAACAUCGGACGGUGGUGUGAAUAUUGGAGCUGUCUGUCAUUUUGGGUGAUGAUUGCUCUUGACUUUGAACUUUGCUCACAUGGCUUCUCCACUUAAACUUUGUUUUUUUAUAGGUUGUGUGUGUGUGUGUGUGAGUGUGUGUGUGCAGUGUAAAGAAAGAAUGGUGAUUUGUUAUAGUCCUGUUACCAAGGAUACAAAAUAGGAAAGUUAACAUAAAUGUUACCUUCAGGGUUCAAGAAAAAUCCUUGAUUUAGAUUGGGGAGAUUGUUUUGUUUUAUUGACAGAUUUUAUUUUUGUGGCAGGAAUCAGGAUUGUGCUCUAUUGAGCCUGCAGUUAUCUUAAAUUGUUAGUGUUUUGUUUGCUGCUAAGGAAUGCUUAGUUGAAUUUAUCAAUUCUUUUUUUUCUGGACAACACUGCUGCUUCUUGCCAUUACAUUGGAGCCAAAAACCCAUACAUCUCAGUUGAUAAAUAUUUAGUUUUAUUUU